GCGCAAUGAAUUAACCACUAAACGUCCAGGUACAUAAUAUUACGUUAACAUGCUUUUAAAUAGGGAUCUUAAGUGGUUAAAAUAGAAAAAAUGCUGUACGAUCGAAGUGCUACGCCAAUGAUACACGUUCUUUUAGUUUAAUCGGUAUGGCUGCCGCGAGACUUGCGGACAGACAUAUCGCGUUGCGACACGCAAGCGAGCAUCGUCGGGUGUCCUUAAAUGCAACUUUCAUUCAAUAGUGCACAAAGUAAAUACGCGUAAAUAUUAUUCUACUGCACGCUGGUGAUUAACAAUAUAACAAUAAAUUAUUUAAAGUGGUGAAAAAUUAUGAAAGGAUUGACAGAAGACCGAAAAAGAAGUGAAAUUGUGACAGGCUUAAAAACAUCUUCAAAGUUAAAUAUAGCAACGAUCGAGAUAGAGAAAAUUGAUACGAUUUUUUCUUUUAAAUUCAAUAGAAUAAGUCAAAAUCAGUUACAUUAAAUGUAUUUAUAAUUAUUAGUUUGUUAUAAAAUGUGAUUAUUCUAAAAAAAUUGUGCCGAUUAAUUUGACUUGAGAGAAAGUCAACAGUUGUUUCAAACGGUAGACACGUAGUUCAAAUUUCAAACUAAACUUCGUGUUGUUCCCAAAUCGAGUGCACUAAAUUAAUUGCAAAAAUUCCAAGAGAUAUGUUCAUUUGCAAUUGUUUCCCGUUGUGUCGAGUGAACGACUGAAGCCGGAUAUGAAGAACGUAAAAGGAUCAUCGCAAAAAAAACGGGAAAAAAUAGCGGAUGCAUUGGACACGAAUGAACGGGUGGCAUGAAUGACAGAUGUGUGUUUGCAUAGACACGAUCCAUCUCUUAAGGUGUUCCGGAUUAGCGUGGCUUAAUUUAAGCAUAUCGAACCACGGUAUCGGUGGAUCGAAUGCGGUCGCAUUCAUAUUUAAUGUACCGUAGACCAAUGUAACGCAAUGUUCGUCAGAUUGGCCAUCACUAUUACGGCAUUUUGCCUGUGGAACGGAGUUGAUGACAUUUUUGAUUACAUCAAAAAGCCACUAUGGAAAACCAAAGUUUUGGAAAUUAUCUUACUAGAAGCUUGUGGUAUUUAACCUGUACUUUCUAAUAUGUCCGGAGAAAGCGUCGACGAGAUUUCCUUCGACGUGCGUCUUGGGUAAAUGUGAAACUAGAAUACAUUUUAGAAUUUACAAUUGAAAAUAAAAAAAGAAAACGUUUUAAUUGAUCCAUGUUUACAAACAAAUUAAUUUUUGUUCUUGAAUGGAUAAAAAAGGCUUCUCCAGGUUUAGGAAGUCAAUUCAGUGACAACACACCUCCCGUCAUGUGGAUAGAUCGAAAUUUGGUACUUCAAGAUUCAGAACCCGUUGGAAGUAUUGUAACUAGAGCUCGUGCCGAAGACAACGAACAAGGUCAACUGACCUACGGUCUUGAAUCUCUUAGACAUGACUACAGUGGAAACGACAGUCCGCAACCACCGCUUCCCUUCUUUAUCGACAAUCGUACCGGCAUUAUCUACGUUAAUGAAACGCUCAAAGACAGAGGAGGGCAGAACCUGUUCCUCUACGUGACCGUCUCCGAUGGUCAACUCACAACAAAGACCGAGGUCUACAUCACCAUCAAGAAUACUUCAAGUCCCAAUGGAGGACACACCAGAAAUCCAUUUUUGGGUCAACACGGUUCCGGUGGAAGAAUACGACCGCCAUUGUUGGGUCUACCUAAUCUACAAAACUACCCUAGGCCACCAUUACCUCACACACCGGUGAUAUCACCACCAAUAGCGCCACUGUCUAAUGUACCUAAAACGACAAAAUUACAACCGGAAGAAAGAAAACAGAACGAUAGUGAUCCGAAUGGCAGCACUAUUAGUGGCUUCGAAGAAGCUACAGAGGAGAAUGAGGUCGAGGGGCCGCCCCUUAGCUCAAAAAUUGCACCUGCGGAGGCACCGCCUUCUCAAGAUAUAGCGAUGACCUUGGUACCUGUUACAGCGGUCUGCGUUCUUGUAGUGGGCCUCGGGAUGGGUGCCUGGUCUUUAAGAAAUAAAUUCUGCGGCAGCAGGAAAUCUAAAGAAGAUACGAAAGAACAAGCUUCUGUUAGUGUCUCGAAUAUAUCGGACGAUCCAUCUCUUGUUCUAAAAAGAUGGAGAGGACCAAAAGCGCACAAUAAUCGAUAUGAACCCUGGGAAAAAGAGAAUCAGACUAUACAAAAUAAGCAGGAAGAUCAAUGGGAAUUUCCACGACAUCGACUAAAGGUUUUUAACAUCCUUGGAGAAGGUUGUUUUGGUCAAGUUUGGAAAUGCGAGGCGUUGGACAUAGACGGGAAUGCUGGCGCGACUAUUGUAGCUGUAAAGACUUUAAAAGAAAACGCAACGGAAAGAGAACGUUUAGAUCUUGCCCAAGAGUUGAAAGUAAUGAAAAAUUUAGAUCCUCAUCCUAAUGUAGUCAGAUUACUAGGUUGUUGUACAGAACGCGAGCCAAUGUUCGUGAUAUUAGAGUAUGUAAGUGGUGGAAAACUGCAAAGUUUCUUGAGGGCAUCCAGAGAAGAAAGAAACCACGGUGGACCUGGUUUAACAUCCAGAGAUCUGACUGGAUUUGUUUACCAGAUUGCCAAAGGCAUGGAGCACUUGGCUUCGAAAGGAAUUAUACAUAGGGAUUUAGCCGCGAGAAAUAUAUUGAUCGAUGAGAAUCGUGCGUGUAAAGUCGCAGACUUUGGAUUCGCACGAGACAUUGCUGUGAAUCAAAUAUAUGAAAGAAAGUCCGAAGGAAGGCUACCCAUUAGAUGGAUGGCCCCAGAAAGCUUGUAUGACAACAUCUUUUCCGUGAAGUCGGAUAUAUGGAGCUUUGGUGUAUUGAUCUGGGAAAUUGUAACAUUAGGAUCUACACCUUACCCUGGUUUAGCAGCAGCAGAAGUAAUGAGGAGAAUCAAAGAAGGAUACAGGCUAGAUAAACCAGAGCACUGCAAGAGAGAAUUGUAUAAUAUUAUGUAUUAUUGUUGGAACAAAGAUCCAGCUUGUAGGCCAUCGUUUGGAGAACUCGUCGGUCUAACUGAAGGCCUAUUACUUGAUGAAACUGAUUACAUUGAAUUAGACAGGUUCCCAGACCACUCAUAUUACAACGUACUUAAUCUCAGUGGAGAGAAAUUGUAAAUGGUGUAUCUAAAAUAACAUAAAAUUUUGUGAAUGAUUUUCAACUAAUGUAUAAAAUUUUUUAGCAAUUAGAACAUUCAAUUUUGUAUAUUUUUAUCAAAUCUGACUGACUAUAUGUAUUAUUUUCUUUCUCAUAAUAUGAUUUAUACUGCAGUCAAAGUUACACUGUACAUACAAAGCAUUUGUAUCAUUUAUAUCAUAAAUGCUUAGGUUUGAUUACACAGAUUUUUAUUCAAACAUCCUUCAAUAUGUAAAUAUAGAAAACAUAUUAUGUCAUUAGUGUAUUUUAUAAGUUAUUCAAUCGAUGGUAAUUAUUUACAUUAAAAUUGUACAUACAUACUUACAAUUUUAGUAGUGUAAUAAAAAUGAAUGUCGUGGACUAGUCAAAGUUCAGAUAAUAAACAUUUGCUUUUUAUACAAACAAGUUAUCUAAAGUUCACUGUUCAAACAAAAUAAAAUUUUUAUGUAGCAACAAGAACUAGGUGUAUACACACUUUUUUUAUAUUAAGUUU